CAAGGCGUGAUAGCCAUCUAUCUUGGCACAAACGGCCAAACCACGAUUUAUGAUAAACAUAAUAUGUCUCGCAAUUAUAAAAAAAGAUUUCGGUUGCUUAAGAGUAACAGUACCAAACAGUACCAAACGUCUGAAUGUACUAUAAGUACUCUUUGGUUUGAAUGUUGGCUUUUCCAGUUCCUUCUUAAUUUUUAUUUUGUACUUGACAGUAUCUUAUACGUUUAGUUAUUUCAUCACUAGGUAUAUAAGUUAUAGAAGCGGAUGUCCUGUAAAUUCUGAAGAAAAAAAAUUUGAAUGUGUCAGAAACUAAUAAUAACAGAACUGUAAAUAAAUUGUCAGCAACAACAAAACACAAAUGUACGCCCAAUUUUAUGUUGAUAAUUCUGUGCAGUGAUCUCUAGUUACCGUGGUGGACGGAUGUUGGCUACGAAUGGCACUCAGCGGUUGUUCGAGCGGACUGGUGGUGACGGCGGUGGUGGCGCUGCUGCUGCUGCCGGCGCAGUACUACGUGCCCGACCUGUACACCGGCGUCGAGGACCCGCUCGCCGCGUCCGACAAGCUCGACUCGCCCGCCGCCGCCUUCGGGUGGCUCGAUCUAGCGUUCGUUCACUUGCCGCCGCUUGAUCUAUUCGUCACAGUCUCUUUGUUGGCGUUAGGAAUGUUAACAUACCUAUGCGAGUGGAUACAGAGGAAGCUGAUGGAAAGAAGAAUUGUAAAGAUUGCAAGCCGGGUCAGAAGCGGGCGCAGUCAGCAGCGGCGACAUGUAGAGCGGCGCGGCAGUGCAGCAGCGUGGAUGGCGCGCGCAUGCGUGGCGCUGCUGGCCGCGCUCGCCGCCGCCGCCGGGCCGCCGGCCACGCGCGCGCCCGACGCGCCCGACGCGCCCGACGCGCUGGAGCUGGCCGAGGUGGCGGAGGUGCCGGCGUGGCGCGAGCUCUGGUACGGCUCGCUGGAGGCGCUGCACCGCGAGCCCAGCAUCAACAACACGCAGGAGGACGUGCUCGUGCAGCUCGGCGCGGUCGCCUUCCUGCACUGUCCAGUGCGCAACCUCGGCGAGCGCGGCGUCAGUACCCCUGCAGAGCUUACCGCCGCGCUGCUGCCGGCCGCGCCAUUAACCGACUCUUGUGUGCAGGUGUCGUGGGUGCGCCGCCGCGACUGGCACAUCAUCAGCUCCGGGAUGCUCAUGUACACUAACGAUGAACGCUUCCAGGUGCUGCAUAGCGAGGGCUCCGAUGACUGGAUCCUGCAGAUUAAGUACGUGCAGAAGAGAGACAACGGUACCUACGAGUGCCAGGUAUCGACGGGCGGCGGCACGCUGUCGCGGCUUGUACACUUGCAUAUUGCGGUGCCGGAGGCUUUCAUCCUCGGCGCCGACGAGCACCACGUGGACGCCGGCUCCACCAUCAACCUGGUCUGCAUCAUUGAGAAGAGCCCGGUGCCGCCGCAGUACGUGUUCUGGUACCACAACGCGCGCAUGAUCAACUACGACGCAGCACGCGGCGUCACCGUGCUCACGGAGCCGGGGCCCAAGACGCAGUCGGCGCUGGCCAUCCGCUCGGCGGGCCCGCAGCACUCGGGCAACUACACGUGCUGCGCUGCCAACACCGAGCCCGCACACAUCUUCGUCUACGUGUCGGAAGGCACGAUGGCGUGGAAGGUGCUGCCAUUAAACGGCCGCCAGUAG